AUGCUCAGCUUCAAGGGAACCAGGGGGACCAUAGUGCAAAAAUCCUCUGUCCACAACCCUGGACCCGGCUUAUAUCCCGGUGACAGUGAGGUUGAACUGGACUGCUGGUUUGACGAGGAGUUCAAGUUCAUUCUGCUGGCUGUGAACUAUGUGCUCGUGUUUGUGCUGGGCCUAGGCCUCAAUGCCCCAGCCCUCUGGCUCUCUCUCUUUCGCCUCCAACCCUGGGAUGCAACAGCUGCCUGCAUGGCAUUAUCAGACACUUUGCACGCACUGUCGCUACCCACCCUCAUCUAUUAUUAUGCGGCCCACAAACACUGGCCCUUUGGCACCAGGCUCUGCAAGUUCAUCCACUUUCUCUUCUAUUGGAAUCUGUACUGCAGUGUCCUUUUCCUCACCUGCAUCAGUGUUCAUCGCUUAGGCAUCUGUCACCCAGUUCAGGCACUACACUGGAUGCCACACCUGGUAAACCUUCUCUGCCUAGCAGUUUGGUUGAUGGUAGCCAGCUGCUUCAUUCCCAACCUGUUGUUUGUUACAACCUGCACCACGGAGACCACCAUUCUGUGCAACAACACCAAUUGGCUGGAAGACUUUUACCACUACGUGCACUUCUGUUCAGCAGCUGUGAGACUGUUCUUUGUGAUAUCCUGCCUGGUUAUUCUGGUCUGCUAUGGACUCAUGGCCCGGCGCCUGUAUCAGCCCUUGCCAGGAGCUGCCCAGUCACCUUCUCAUCUACGUUCUCUUCAGACCAUCACUGUGGUGUUGGCUGUCUUUGGCUGCCUGCUCAGCCGCACCAUUUGUUACAUGGUAAGGUUGUUUGAAGCUGACUGCUGGGUGCUGAUCAUCAUCAAUGUGGUCUACAAGGUGACCUGGCCCCUGGCCAGUGCCAACAGCUGUCUGGAUCCUGUGCUCUACUUGCUCACGGCGGAUACAUAUCGAUGUCAGCUCCAGCAUCUCUGCGGGAGUGCAAGGCCCCAACCUACCACCGCUGCCUCCUCUCUGGCACUGGUGUCCCUGUCUGAUGAUAGAAGUGGCAGGCAGAGAGCCACCCACCAGGGCAGCAGCCUUAUCCCUAGGGUAGUAAGUUAUAAUGCUGGAAGUCUGGAAGUGAGAAACGGGGGAGGGGGAGGUUGA